UCCACGGAGUUUUCCGUACUUCCUUCUUGCCAGUAAAAUAUCUUUAUGUCAUAAGGAAUACUUUUUUUGUUUUCGUGUAGUCGGCUUUAAUUAGCCUGCAUAUUAUCUAACUUAGUGUGAUACCGCAGAACUGCGUUCCUGCUGACUGCCGGGUGUGUGUAUUGUACAUCUGCCGAGAAACUGAAGCACCUCCUCCAUCUUCAGUUCUACAGUGGUGGAUACUCUCGAACAGCAUGACACAGUUUUCAGGAUUUGUGAGUUGAUAGUGCGCUCCUGCUAAGGCUCUAAAUGUUUCAGUUCAUGACUGAGAUGUUCUCCUGAGUUAAAGUUCACAUCUUGUCGAAGGCUUACUCUACUGACGGCAGACAAUGGCUUCCAAUAUAAUUGUGGAACAACAGUUCUCUCACAAAUUCACAGUGAAGGUAGUUCGAGCAGAGAAUGUCACCAAGGGAGCGCUGGGUGACCUAUUGGAUACACCAGAUCCGUAUGUGGAGCUGUUCAUCCCGACAGCUCCAGAGAGCAGAAAGAGGACAGCGCACAUAGACAACAACAUCAACCCAAAAUGGAACGAGACGUUUCACUUCAUAUUAGACCCCAACCAGCAGAAUGUCCUGGAGCUAACAUUAAUGGACGCCAAUUAUGUGAUGGAUGAGACACUUGGAACGUCAUCCUUCGACAUCAGCAAGCUCAGAGUAGGCCAGACAAAGACGGAGAUUUUCCUCAUUGGCAAAGCAACCAAAGUAUAUUUAGAGAUGUUACUGGAGAUCUGCACCAAUCUUGACCUGCGGUUCAGCCUGGCCCUGUGUGAAAAAGAGAAGCAGUUCAGACAGACCCGCAGAGAAAGAGUGAUGCUGGGCAUCAAGAAGCUGCUGGACAUGGAGAAGCCUCGUUUCCUCCCCAGCUCUCCAGAGGAGGUGCCAGUAAUAGCCAUAGUGGGUUCAGGAGGUGGUUUCCGCGCCAUGGUCGGCUUCUCAGGUGUGAUGAAAGCCCUGUUUGAGUCUGGGGUCCUGGAUUGCGCCACUUAUGUCGCUGGUCUCUCCGGAUCCACCUGGUACAUGUCCACUCUCUACUCCCACUCGGAGUUUCCAAAUAAGGGCCCAAAGGAGAUCAACAAGGAGCUGAUGAAAAGAGUAAGCAGUAACCCGCUUAGGCUCUUGCUUCCCCAACACAUCACCAACUACAUCCAGGCCCUGUGGAGCAAAAAGGCCUCAGGGCAGCCUGUAACCUUUACCGAUAUCUUCGGUAUGCUCAUAGGAGAGACGCUUAUACCUGCGAGGAUGGACACCAAGCUGAGUGAAUUUCAGGAGAAAGUAAACCAGGCCCAGAGUCCCCUUCCUCUCUUCACAUGUCUGCAUGUCAAGCCAGAUGUUUCUGAGCUCAUGUUUGCAGACUGGGUGGAGUUCAGUCCUUACGAAAUUGGGAUGGCAAAAUACGGCACCUUCAUGACCCCUGACUUGUUUGGAAGCAAGUUCUUCAUGGGAACUGUUGUGAAGAAAUACGAGGAAAACCCUCUUCAUUUUCUAAUGGGUGUGUGGGGCAGCGCCUUCUCGAUCCUGUUCAACAGAGUGUUGGGGGUCAAAGACACAGCUGGUGGCAGCACCAUGGAGGAGGAGUUAGAGCAGAUCAAACCACAGCACAUCGUUGGAGAAGACAGUCUGGACAAUGAAGACGGGCCACGUCAAGGUGGCACAGAGAACCCGGAGGCAGAGGAAGAGUACCAUCGCACCGCUCAAGCCAGCUGGGUUCAACGAAUGGUCACGUCGCUCUUCAGUGACUCUGCCUUGUUCAACACAAGAGAGGGCCGGGCCGGGAAGGUGCAUAAUUUCAUGCUGGGCCUGAACCUGAACACCAACAUCCCGUUCUCUCCCGUCACUGAGGUCACGUGCCACGCCCCUAGUCCGGAGGAGGAGGUGGAUGCUGUCACAGACCCAGAUGAGUUUGAUCGUAUUUACGAGCCUCUUGAUGUGAAGAGCAAGAAGAUCCAUGUGGUGGACAGCGGCCUGACCUACAACCUUCCCUACCCCCUCAUCCUGCGACCACAGCGUGGUGUUGACCUCAUCAUCUCUUUUGACUUUUCUGCACGACCCAGCGACUCCAGCCCCCCAUUUAAGGAGCUCCUGUUGGCAGAAAAAUGGGCUCGAAUGAACAAGCUCCCAUUCCCCAAGAUUGACCCCAAAGUCUUUGACCGAGAGGGCCUGAAGGAAUGCUACGUGUUCAAACCAAAAAAAGGCGAAAAGAACUGCCCCACUGUCAUCCACUUUGUCCUGGUCAACAUCAAUUUCAGGAAAUUCAAAGCGCCUGGUGUUCCCAGAGAGACCGAGAAGGAGAAGGAGUUGGCAGAUUUUGACAUCUUCGACGACCCCGAGUCGCCUUUCUCUACUUUUAACUUCCAGUACUCCAACGAGGCCUUCAUCCGACUCCAUGACCUCAUGGAGUUCAACACUCUCAACAACCUGGAGGUGAUUAAAGAGGCCAUCAAGGACUGCAUCGUGUCCCGGAAAGAAAACCCCUCAGGCCGCUCUCUUCCGUUCUCCCUCAGUGAGAUCCCGAAGAAGAAAUUUCUCAAAAGAGAUCCGAAACCCUGGAAUCUCCUUGGAAAUGAUAACCAGUAGCCUGAUCUAAGGUGGAGACUUUGGAUAAGCGGACUAUAGGGAUUUUUGUACAUUCUUUUGGAAAUGUGAUCAUAUGUUGAUCUCUUUUCUUUAUGUUUUUACUCCUGAGGAUUUGUAAAACUCUGGAUUUGAGAUAAGUGCCUGAUAAAGGGAUUUUGUAAAGAAUCUUAAUGUUUACUGAUAAAAAAAAGUCUUGUGAUUGCAUUCAUAGAAAAACACAGUGGGAAUUUUCAUUGUACUUUAUCUAACAAAUUUGACUUCUGGGAAACCUGCUUUUGCUGUCGGUUUUUGUUGACCACAGACAGAUGAUGGUUGCUUUCCCUGUGGUUAUGAGAGAGACUGGAUGUUGAAAAUCAACACUUUCUAAACACUGCAAUAUGACUGGAUUGUUGACUCCAUCACAAACAGCAAGAGAUUGUGAGUCCUUCCUUUUAUUUUUGAUACUUUCUGGGGAUCUCUACCUAAACCAUCUCUAUGUUUGAAAGAAAUGUCCACUUCAUACCCCAGUGCUCAUUUCACUUUCAUACAUCAUGUGAAUUUUCUACUGGAGCUGCAAAGUUCCCAUUUCAAGUGGACACCUCUUAGCCUCAGCUCAUGCUGCCGAGAGUUAAACAUUUGCAUCUUUAAUAUGAUUUUAUAUGCAAUCAUACUGUUUCCAAACUUUGCUUUCAGCUAUUUGAAUGCACUGCAAGAAGCCUCACCUGUAGUAUACCUGUUUGUCAGCUGAACUUUUUCCAUCUCGAACGUGCGGCUGCAAAACAUGCUAUUCGCCAUGUUUUUGUUUUUUCACCAGAUGGCUCGUCUAAACAUGUAAUUCUGUUUGAUAACAUGGAAGAGGAGCUUGUAACGCUUGGUUUUGUUUGAUGGCAACUCCUAAACACGCCAAGUGCACCCCCUCUCGAUACCUCAAACAUCUCAAUGUUGUUUACCCACCUACAGGGAAGGAGCACUCCCUGCUUCUCUGUAGGGAGUGUCUCAAAUUAAAGCCACCAUUUUGGAAAAACAAAAACUUGAUACCAUGGAAACGGCCCCGCUACUUCUUUCCCUCUCUCUUUCUUUCUCUCUCUCUCCAUCAGGAUAAAGGUGUGUUUAUUUUCCUGACCAUGUUGUUUCAGGCUGCCUUUUAGAUACCGGCACAGUUUGUUUUUCUCGGGCCAUUUCCUCCUCCUACAAUCCAACUUGCUGCAGGAUUCCUCAAACUCCCCCAUAUGCUGAAGUGAAGCUUAGGUCAGAGCAAAGGAAGGCUGGGUGGAGUGGUGAGUGCAAUGACGAGACCCACUUGCAGCUAGAGACGGUGGCUCUCGGCGGCACUCAGUGGAAUUUUACACACUACUACCUACACCUGCAGAAGCGGAGGCCUGGAAUCUGACACACUACACCUAUACCUGCAGGGGCCCAAAGGCUGCACAGAAAGCAGUGGAAUGUUACACUGAAGCACUUCCAACCCCUAUAUGCUCAUUCUUCAGCCUCACUGGUUUGGAAGAAACUCAGAAAACUGAAAACAAAAAAAAGUGUUUUGCAGUCUUGCUGCAGGGAUGAAUGGGCAACAAACCUUUGCAACUUGCAGUUUUCUUCUUCUUUUUUUUUUUUAGGAGAUGAUUCAUGUCAGUUUUUACAUGUUUAUGUUUUAUGUUGUUUUCUUUAAAUAAAUAGAUUUACAUUUUGGGGAAAGGCAUUGAUUAACCUUCUUGCUGAGCGAGAAGAUCGAUACCAGCAUACAAAACCUUAACUGUAUGAGAUGAGACAAGAAAACUUUCAUUUGUGACAUUUAGAAGUGCUUGUAGCUAGAUUUUGUUACCUUUGGACAGGCUAGCUGUUGCCCCCUGUUUCCAGUCUUUAUGCUAAGCUAAGCUAACCAGCUCUUGGCUGUAGCCUUAUAUGUAGAUUAAAGGACAUAUGGCAUUAUGUAUUUUCCAUAUUUUGUGUGCAACAAAACAAGCAGGUCAUUUUUGACACCCUGUAAAACUCAUGUUAGGCUACACUUUUUCAUUUUUCUUUAUAGCAUUUGGCUGAUUAAUUUAGAAAGUAUACAAGAGCUGUAGUAUGUUUCUUUUUCUUUUUCUUUUUCUUUUUUUUGUUUAAUUACAUUUUUAUGAUCUAUGACAAUGUUUACAAAUGUGUAAGAUGCUAAAGCUCUAGGGAAUAAAGUGGUUUAUAUAAAUACUGCUGUGAUCAUUAACUCUGUGUUAUAGCUGAUGAGACAUGUGCAUUGUAAAAAUAAAUAAAUAAAAGAGAGAUAUUA